AUGAGUGGAAAAAAAUUAUUGUGCUAUCAUAGAGGUUGUGGACAAGAUUAUGACCCAGAUGACAACAAACCUGAUUCAUGUGUUCAUCACCCUGGAGUCCCAGUGUUCCACGACGCCUACAAAGGAUGGUCGUGCUGCAAUAAAAAGUGUACAGACUUCACUGAAUUCCUGAACAUCAAAGGGUGCACCAAGUCGGAGCACUCGAAUGAAAAACCCCCGGAGCCAGAAAAACCAGCUGUCGACAAAUCUAAAGCUGCUGAGGUUAUAGAGUACCGCGCGCCAGUAAACACUGAGCCUACGAUAGAGAGACCACCUUUUGACACUCCACAGAAAACUAUGCAGCCGGUGGUGUCCCAGGCGCUGAUGGACCAGGUGAAGAGCUUCAUCACGAAUACUGAAAGUCUUCCUGAGAGCCUAGUGGUCAAAGUAGGACAGAGUUGUAAAAAUAGGGGCUGCUCUGUUACCUUUACUGGGACUGACAGUGACAAUACCAAGUGUGUUCAUCAUCCAGGAGUUCCUGUUUUUCAUGAGGGCUUGAAGUACUGGUCUUGCUGUCCCAGGAAGAAGAUGACUGAUUUUGAUCAGUUUGAAAAACAUCCUGGGUGUAGUGAGGGAACUCAUGUUUGGAUUGCUAAGGUUGUCGACGUAGAGAACAGUUCAGUCCAAAUGUUACCCACAAAAGUGGAGAUAAAACUAAAAAAAGAAGAGCCAAAUUCCUGGUCGAAGCUUGAUAUUCCCAAAGAAACUGCUCCUGCGAAGGAAGCGCCUAAAGAAGAAGACAACUCCAUCUCUGAAAGAGUGGACGCAGUUGACCUAAAUGACCUCUAA